AGUACACGCGCUACUGGUGAUGAGUGUGUCUUGCUUUUUCCUUUGCUGGUCUUGAGUAUGAUCACCACUUGUCAGUGAAAAUCAGAAAGAAGAGUGUGUAAAACAAAUACAAUUAAUAUGCAAUAGAAAGUAUACGACAGGCUCAGUAGCUUCUCCACUCAUAGUUCUUUGAGUAGAUGUUAGCUCACAAUGCAUGUCUAUGAGUGCAUUGAGUGCUUUUGAAGCAGCCCAGUAGCAAAAUAAUUCACUACUGAAAAAAGUAAGCGAGUUGGUAAUGGAUUGUGGGGCAAGAAACGAAAAAAAUUUCGCUUUAAAAUCGUUGUUGUUAUCUUCAAGAAAUGUGCGAAUUUUAUUCAUAUGAGUUGGUCAUCCGCACAACUGAUCGACUCAGCCCUCUAAAUUUCAUAGGAAAUAGGUUGUGUGAGAAAACCGAUGCUUUUUUGUUGUUGUUCUUGGUUGUAAUUGGUAACCGUUAGUCCUGCCAUGACGCCGACAACUGUUGUCUUCAAUUUUAAUGAUUGUCGUUUUUAGUAAAUUUUAAGUAUCGGUUGAAAGCGGUCGCGUGUGAAGUAUUAAAAGUUAUUUAAGUAUGUACAGCAAACGUCGUCAAAGAAGAUUAAUUAAUGCCGAAAUAAAUGAAAUUCUGAACAAUUUGCUGAUAAAGCAAGUGCUUAAUAAAGUGGAGAAGAAAACAAGAUUCCCAGUUUGUGACGUAAUGCAACUCGCGGAAAUUGAAGAUGAUGUUUCCAAAAAUAAAGCAACUAAAUCGGUGUAUCAGGUGUCUAUUAUAAAAAACAUUAUUGGAUCACUUGGAGUUACAAACGGAAUGAAAAAAAUUCUCAGCGACAGCGUCAUGGUGCAGUUAAAUUAUGAUGGACUGCAAGACAAGGUGGCAUUCAAGAAGUUUGAGUGCCUAAAUAAUGCCAUAUAUGCAAUGCAAGUGGAAGGUUUCACUAAAGAGAAUUAUGAGCGGGAGCUCAAAAGAGCUUUCAAGAUGGGUAAGAACCGAUAUCACAAAGCGGGCUCUUUGAAAAAGCAAAAAGAUAAACAAAUAUAAUAAAUUAAAGUAUGAAAACAAUUAAUUUAAGUAACAUUGACAUUAUUUUUAAAUGUAAAAUCUUAAUUAUAGUAAUUUUGUACAGAAAUGGAUUUCUUUAUUAUUUCUAAUUGAAUUAAAAAAUA